AUGUCCAAUAAAACCCAUGACACCGAGGAUGAGGAGGAGGAAAGCGGGUUCUUUGACUGCGUCGACGACAAUUUGGAAUACAGCCGGAUUCAAAGCCAGCAACGCGAGCCGUUACAACGAGGUCAGCAUCCGAAACCGUCGCUGUCGACGAUCACGGAGCCCGAUUGCGUCGUUCAUGUCGAAAAUCACGACGAUGACAGUCUCGGUUGGGUAACCGGAGCAGAACCAAGCCUACUCGACAGCUCUAGCGACGUCGGUCCGACGAGCAGCAGGAAUGCGGAUCUCCUGUACCUGAAUCAUGGCGUCGACUGGGGUCGUGACGACGACACGUCAGAGUCGUCGACGACAUCCGAGCGCGGGAGCAGUUUCACAGCUUCGUCCAGUUGCAUCAGCAGCAGUCAAUCGUUAUUCCGAGUUUGUUUCCGGUCAACAACUUCCACAUCCGGUCGGAUCACUAAACACUUUUUGUUGGGAGUCGCUUUAAGCCGCAAUUCCGUCAUGUUCAGACACCCACGUUCAGAUGAUAAAUUGACGCGGAAAACGACGGUUUUCGUACCGCAAAUUGCGAGCAGUCCAGGGCCGCUGAUCCUCGUCCGGCGAGGGCUGAAACCCAUUGAAAAUCAUAUUUCUGGGAAAUCUCUGGUGAUGGAGCGAUCAUCGUUGCGAUCGAGGAAAAAAAGCAAGCGUCGCAACCGUCGUGGACGCAAUUUCGACGCCAGUUUUGACGCGGCCGUGUUGAAAUUGCGUGCGAAAGUUGCGGAGCAAAAAGUUCGAGUUCAGGAGUACGAAACUACGUUGGCCAUUGAAAAACAAACCCGAAAUGAUUUACAACAUCGUCUUGAAGUUGUCAACGAACAUUUACACAGCAAAGUCGCGGAUAGCAAGAAGCUUCGGUGGAUGAUCACUUCCAUGGAAUCCUCUCGAGAAUCAGAGUUCGCCAUGCUGAGAGCAUCGCUGAGAGACGCACGCAUCAAACUCAUCAGCAAGACCAGCGAAAAUGACGCGCUGAAAGACGAGCUGCAGUCCUUCUCAGACGAUUACGAGUCAAUGCGUUCGCAAUCAGAACUUCGCGAGGCGAAACUUGAAAGGACCAUCGAGCGACUGGAGCAGAAACUGGAGCAACAGCCGACAUCAGUACAGAUAAAUCGUUUGUGUACAGAAGCGAAAUCCACGCAAACCGGAGAAGACGACUUCGUGGCACUUCUGGACGACUUCAUCCAUGACUCGAAUCCGCAGGACUUUCUAGACUUUGUUCGCCUCGUCGGAAGUUUCCAGGACGAUGCUGAGGGGCCCCGGGAUUUUGCAGAUUUAGAAUCCAGGUUGAGAGAGUUGGCGGACUUGAUCAAGGGGGCUGAGCAACGGCUGGAGAACCCGAAAAGUUCGAGUAAUCAAAUCCAUAAAAUGGGGAUGAGUCAUCACAGUCACCAUAAUCAUCAUCAUCAGCGAAAAGGCGUCGUUCCUGAUCGGCGUUCGCAAUCGGUGGUUAGACAAGAUAUUGCGGAGAACAAGUGCAAAGAAUCUGAAAUAGACAGAUUGAGGAAGCAGUUGAAACAAACUGAGGACGAAGGAUCCGUUUUGGCGAGUCAGCUGAAGAAAACGAAGGACGAAUUAACUCGAGAGAGGAUAAAGGUUAGCAAGUUACAAAGUGAGUUGUCCACGAAGAAGAAAGCCUACUCUGACGCAAUGUCGAAAUUGCGGAAAGAAAACGUCCGCGUCAACGAGAAGUUGGACACGUUAUUGAAGGAGAACCUGGAUCUUCGAGCCAAGCUGAAGCGUUUUCCAGCGGACAGUAACCAUAACAAAGGAGACACCGACUUGCGGAGGGACAAAUCCUCCGUACUGAUAACUAACGCAUCACUGAUCAACAAAUGCAGUAGUAACAAGUGCUGGUCCAAAAAUUACGACGCUGUCCAUUCAACGAUCGCCAAUGCCCCGAAAAACACGAUUCCGGCUGCGAGUGUUCAUAUUACUCCGGCACCGAAGCUAGAAGACUUUUCUGGACUUCUGGAUCCUGGAAAAUCUUUCAAUAAUAAUCCCAAUUUUGUAAGCAAGGUAAGAACUCGGAAAUCAAGCACAUUCCGCGGCUUUCCACUGGACUAUUACGACGCUGUCCAUUCAACGAUCGCCAAUGCCCCGAAAAACACGAUUCCGGCUGCGAGUGUUCAUAUUACUCCGGCACCGAAGCUAGAAGACUUUUCUGGACUUCUGGAUCCUGGAAAAUCUUUCAACAAUAAUCCCAAUUUUGUAAGCAAGUCUCCUGAAACUUCCCCGGAGAGGAAGCUGAGCCAAACCCUUCUUCAUCCCCAUUUCACGUGUCAUCACGAACAAGGCACUGAAACUCGGUCCAAAGCCCUGAAAUGCUCCAACACUGUUCGUCAAAGGCUACUUCUACCUCCGGAUGAAACCUGCAACAAUUCUGCGACGAAAGCUUCGCGGAAAAAGUCACGCGCGUCGAAGCUCGACCCGAAACCGCGAGCCUCAUCAGCAUCCUGCUCAACUUCCUCGUCUCCCACCAGGCUUUUCAUGACAGGUCCCAGAAGCAGCAGUGUCAUCGGCUUCUCGCUUUGCCAGCCCGGAGAUGAUGGCGACAAUAAUAAAAGAAUGGAUGUCGGCAGUCGGGGUGAAGGCAAUGCUGCUGCUGCUGCUGAUGGGGAUAACGACGACAUUCAGCCCCCGGGGAAGUUCAGAGCGACGCGAUUUGUGGGAGACGAUGGGAUCCUGGUGGCUUGGGAACCCCCGAGCGACGACAGAAUCGCGGGAUAUCUGAUAUACGUCGACGGAGAAUUCAAUUCCAAAGUGAGAAGCCCACAAAGAACCAAGGCUUUGAUAAACGGAAUUCGCAACACUAAUUCAGGCUACGACUCGAAUUCAAGAACUCGAAAUAGCCCAGAAUCCGGCGUCGUGAUCGACAUUCGGUCAACGACACACGAUGGACAGCUUUCUCCACCUACCGCGUGUCGAAUAGUGUGGCCAACAUCGUCAGCGACAGCUUCAAAUGAUUUGGCGGCGACGACAACAACACUCGAAACGAAUGCUGACGAUUCAUUCCACAAACCGUCGACGUCAUAUUCCAUGAUGGAUAUCCUAGAUGACAUCAUUUUAAAAGCAUAUUCGGAGAUCCCGAAGCCCACUCGACAUUAUUUGUCGAAAGUAAUACGAAGUGGCAUGGGAUUUGAAGAUGAUGAAGAGCCUGUGGUUUACGUUCACAUUCACGGUAACUUGACGAAAGUUUUGAAGGCACUGCGAUCGGACAUCACGAUUUUGUCAAUUGAACUGAUGCACCCGAAUCCGAAGCGGUUUGUUAAAAUGUUCGAGAUGAUCGUAGAGACUUGUCCACUUCUGGCUGUUCUCAAGUUUGGGUACAAUGCGUCCAAACCGAUGAAACUCGAUAUAAGGAAUGAAAAAAAGUUUUGCUUGUUGGUGACGAAGUUGAUCUCGCAGUGUCCGAAGUUGGAGCAUCUCGACAUGCGUGACAUCGUGAUGACCCGACCGAUGUACAACGUUCUUUGCGACUUGUACCAACUGAGAUCCCUCAGUGCCACUGUGACUUGGAUGGAUUUGGAAACAGUAACAGACACUGUUUGUAAAGAUCAUCUAUUUAGAAAAAUUGUGAUGCUUCGCAAACUUGACCUAAUGUGCUUCAGACAAUGUUCCCGACGUUUUCCGGGUCCCUCCGUGAAAUAUAUGAGGCAACUGACUAUUCCAAAAGAGGGGACCAUGUGCGGCCUGUCGGCAUUGCUCAACACCAAAGACGUCGAGUGGGUUUUCAACUGCGACCACCUGACGUACCUGGACUUGGAAGUGACCAACAACAACUUGCUCAAGCCGUCAGCAGCCGAAUUGUGGAACAAUUUUAAGUGGUUGACACACGUGAAGAUCAUGUCGAAACGGGCCUCCGGAGUCCCGCCACUCAAAAAAGUCGAAACCCUGACGCACCUGUUGCAUGACGUCAACAUUACUGAACCCGACUGGAACAAGUGGUACAGGGAAAACAUGCCGGAUUCAUUGCGGUUCGGGGCCUUUUUCAGAGUGAAGCAGCUGCAGAGGGACAUGUUCACGGUUAUCGCGGAAACCACGCCGAUUUUGAAGAAUUUGUACGUGGGAUAUGAGGAGAAUAACGAGGACGCCAUGAUUUGUCCGGGUGCUAUUCCCUACCAACUCCGGUGGGUGAUGACCCGACCGAUGUACAACGUUCUUUGCGACUUGUACCAACUGAGAUCCCUCAGUGCCACUGUGACUUGGAUGGAUUUGGAAACAGCAAUUGACUAUUCCAAAAGAGGGGACCAUGUGCGGCCUGUCGGCAUUACUCAACACCAAAGACGUCGAGUGGGUUUUCAACUGCGACCACCUGACGUACCUGGACUUGGAAGUGACCAACAACGACUUGCUCAAGCCGUCAGCAGCCGAAUUGUGGAACAAUUUCUUCACCAACUGUGUGCACUUCUAGUACAGCUUUGCCCGGAGGCCUCAGGGCGGGAAAACAUGCCGGAUUCAUUGCGGUUCGGGGCCUUUUUCAGAGUGAAGCAGCUGCAGAGGGACAUGUUCACGGUUAUCGCGGAAACCACGCCGAUUUUGAAGAAUUUGUACGUGGGAUAUGAGGAGAAUAACGAGGACGCCAUGAUUUGUCCGGGUGCUAUUCCCUACCAACUCCGAUAUGUCAUGAUGCUGAAAGGAAACAAUUUGGAGAGCAAAAACGACCACCAUGCUCUGGGAGCGUUGUACAUGAAAAAGAAGUUUGACUCGAUGAUUUUCAAACUCGACUCCUUCGAACGUCCCAGAAACAGCAGAAUGCCAGUCGUUUGGAGGGAUUUCAUGCAUCGUUUGCACAUGAUGAGAACACAUCCAGUGAUCUUAGACUGGCGCAUACCUGUCUUAAGGGACGCUAUGUUUGAAUUUAUCAAUUGCAACGACGUCACGCCUGAUAUGAAAGUUGAAUCACUGGACGAAGAAGAGGAUGAUGAUGAGGAAGGCUUGGAAGAAGACGGAGACGAGGGAAGUGGUUCGGAGGCUUAUGGCGACGCUUUGGCACAAGGACCUGACAUAAGCAAUUACGGUGGUGAUACUGCGGAACAGACAGAUGCUGGGGAAGCAAGUGAUGGUGGCCUUGAUGCUGCUGAAGAACCAGCUGAAGAUGCCCCUGACGAAGCAGCAGCAGCAGCAGCUGAUCCUGAUGGCACAGAGGCAGACACCGAAGGCUGA